AUGACCUCCCCUCAAACAAGGCAGAAGCGGAAGAGAGCAUGCGACUCGUGUCACCGGCGAAAGAUCCAAUGUGAUAGCGCCGAUGUGCCCUCGUCCAACUGCAAUUGGUGCCAUCACCAUGGCAUGACAUGCACCUUCAAUCGCCGCUUGGUCGGACGAAAAACGUGGGCUCGGAAUAGCACCAACUCAACCACAACCUCAACCCCCUCUGCCAGUGCCGGCCCUUCCUCCCCCUCCUCGGCUAUCGUCGACGUCAGUCCGGGUAUCGGCCCCUCUUUCUCCGAGCCCCGUCCCCCUAACGCAACCCAACCUCAGCCGCAUCCGUCACCACUCCCACCUCACCCACAAUCACUGCCACCCCUGGCCGCCCAUCUUGGCAUCUCGUCUAGGCCAGUAUCGAACCCAGAUCUCAGCAACUCCUACCAUCGUCACUCAUCUUCUUUCGGUGGAUCGAUCGACGACAAGAUCCAUGCCCAGCACCUGGACCCUUACCAUCCACACUCGCAUUCAUCCUCUGCUGCCUCAACUCCUCCUUCAACAUCUGGCUUUACUCGUCCAACCUCCCGUUCUGGUCAUCACACCUUUCCAUUUUCGGUUCAUCCAAGUUCCCUGUCCCGCACCCAUUCCCCUCACGGCAGUGUCUCCUCGGACCACACAUACCAUACCCCUGCCCAGUAUCAACAUCAACAUCAACACCAACACCAAUCACAACAACACCAUCAUCAACAACAGCAUCACCACCACCACCAAGAACCAGAACAAGUCCACCCCGUCUACACCCACUUCCCCGUCCCCAACCCCGGCUGCGGAUCCUACUUUGGCAAGCUCCACUUCGCCGGCUACCACUUGGGAGAAAUAUCCUCCUAUAACGGCAUCCCCUUCUUCUCCGAAGACGGCCAAGCAUGGAUCCGUUCUCGUACCGGUCAACAGGCCUCCUUCCCGGCCAUAUGGGGUGACAUUCCCCCUUGGCAGACGCGGCCCAGCGCCGAUUCGGGUCUUCUCUGCAAGGUGGCAGAAAAGCCCAUAGAGCAGAUCGAACUCCCUGAUCGCAAAAUCGUCGAGCAAUAUCUCUCCUUCUUUAUAAGUUCCGAAUUCCGGCUGGCGUUUCCGCUGGUUGACCCGGUCCUGUUCAAACAGACGUUGGAUUUGGCUUAUGCACAUGGGCGAGGGGACAGGAAUGGGUUGGGUUUUGAGCACAUCACCGCCAAGGCGUGCGUGUUUGCUUUCCUAUCGGUCAUUUCGCUGCUGGAGGUCGAGAGGACGCAGAGGUUCCCGGAUAUCCCCAACAUUGAUACGGAUAUGAUGGCUGCCAACGCGCAGAUGCUUUUGCCGCUAACCAUCCAGGCGCUGGAUAUCACCAGUCUACAAGCGUCUUUUAUGCUCUGUCUGUACCAGCUCUUCUUGGGACAGGUCCAGUCAUCAGCUAUGCUUUUGGCGCUCGCUUGUCGGAUCAUGUUCAUGCUGGGCGGACAUAAACUGUCUAAUGCUUCCAGGCUACCAACUUCAGGGUCUGGUUCAAGGAGUGGGACGACCACACCGGCUUCGGCCCCCGUUGAUCUCGCAGACCAUAAACGCCGUCACCUCCGCAGGCUCUUCUGGCUCUGCUACAGCGUCGACACGGAUAUUUCUCUCCGAACAGGCCAACCCCCUUCGAUCGACGACGACCACUGCGACCUCUCCUUACCGCCAGGCUACCUCGAAAUCCAGUUCCUCGACCGUCGCGAGCUGGAAAUCCUCAAGGAACGGCACUUUUCUUCCUUGAACUCCCACCCCAACUCUUAUCCCAACAUGCCCUCCCCUCCCCCCUAUCCCUACAACCAAGGAGCAGGACCAUUCGGUUCUAAUAAUCCCUUCAAAGCCCCCGGUGGUGCUCCUCCCACAGCCAUGACAUCAGCACCCCAAGGACAACAUGCCCCUGGAUUCGGACAUCCCUCCCUUGAAUUCCCCUACCGCCAAAUAGACGAAACCUCCGUUCCCGCUUUACCAGGCGACCUCCGCCUAACGCUCAUCAAAUCCAAAACCUGCAAACUUCUGUACUCCGCCUCCGCCCUGCGCAAGUCCGACGCCGAGUUGCUGCGAGACAUUCGCGAGCUAGACGACGAGCUGGAAAGGUGGCGGCUAUCCGUGCCUGAAUGGUAUCGGCCUGCGUUGUCGCUAUCUAGGACUUCACGUGAGGGUCCUCCUCCGCGCGGCGGGGAUGAAACAGGUACAUGGUCAUCUCAUGGAUCUGGACGUGCCUCUGAGCUAGAUGAACGGGGACAGGGACAGGGAUACGGACAAAGUCAGAAGGGCCACGGAAAGAGUGCCGGUUACGACCCUACCACCAUGUCGGCAGGCGAAAGCGUUCGCACCAUCAUUAUCAACCUACAGUACCACCACCUGGUGGCCACCAUUCAUCAAGCGACUGGUCGCUGUAGAGCGUGGCAGAACCGGAGCUCGGUGCUAGAGGAAAGCAGCAUGAGCGCCGCGAGGACGGGGGAGAUGCUAAUGGAAGGCGUCAGCUCGAGUUUGGCGCUCAGUGUAGAAGCCAAUUUGAUCAAGGGGAUACGUAUCCGUCGACUGACGCAUACGGAGCUGUUGCACUUGAAGACGGUGGAUGAGUUCAUGGGGGAGUUGAUGAGGUUGGGUGGGUGUGCGAUUCGACGGGCCAAGGAGGAGAAGAGGGAGAGGGAGAUGAGGGAUUUGGAGCGAAGGAGGAUGGGAGGGUUGGGGGGGUAUAGGGUGCCGGAGUUGUUGUGA